UCGGGAGCUAAUUUUAACACUCACGUUUUUUCCCCCCCAUACUGCAUUGAGUAUGUUACGUUAAGUCAACAUGCUAACGAUGGGCUACAUGCUAUUUUAGCUGCCUGUAGCUCUCCAGCUAAUUUUAGCAUUUGCAUGAGUUAUUUCACACUGUUACAGUAGAUCAACAUGCUAGUGCUAGCAAACCUUCUUCUCCUGCCAAGACUGGUUUGCUUGACAGAUAAAAACACUUCACCAAAAAAAGUCGUGAACAUCUCUAAAAACAGUCAAAUUCAUAUUGAGUGCUCGAAUAUAAGUUGUUGGACUGGAUAAUCACGAAGCUCUAUGACACUGUAAAACAUGAGGGUAGCCUGUUUGGUGCUUUUUCCUCUCGCCAGACCAGUUUCCAUGGACACGUAAACAAAACGAACGGUGAUUUGUUUCCCCCGCUUUUCGCCUGAAGCUAACCGAGCUAAAUCUCUAUACCGUCAGCAUGGACUCCUCAAAACCCCGCUCAGAGUAUGACGAGAGUCGCAAAAACCCAGUAAGUGUGGCCGAGCAGUGGAAGGACCUGUGUGUGAAAGAGAGGAGGAUAGCGCUGGAAUGGGAUGAGACCUGGGGCACUGUCCUGGGAUGUGGCACACAGGACGCCCCGAUGGAGGAGAAGUCUUUACCGAAAAACCUUUCGGUCUAUUCCGAGUUCGUCCCCAACACCGCCAACCAGGUCUACGGCAGCAGGCAGAUCAUGCCUCACGGGAAGGAGAUGAUCAGACAGGACCGGUUGCCACUCUUCCACGGGAGCUACAGAAGCAAGAAAUAGACUGUGGAGAAGGAACCGUGACGCAUCCUCCAUCCAAAGCGUGGAUUAUGUAUCAUAAAAGCGUAAAUAAGA